CACAACCUUGGGCAUUGUACUAAGUUCCCUCUUGAGUGCCUAACCAAAUCAAAGGAUGUGCAGCCUUUAGGUAGAAGUGGAGAUUGUCGCAGCUCUGGAUUUUGUAUGGAGGAAGCCAAACUGAGCUAUCCUCUGCCAUCCUGACUCCUUUAAAAUAUACUUGAGCUGUGUGGCAGCCCAGCUGGGGCCAAACAUCCAUCCACCACCCAUUAGGGGGCUUGGCUACCCCUAGCCAAGCCAUAGGAGAGGCAGUGGGGUUCCUCCAGGCCUUGUGGGCUGGAGAGGGCCAGUAGGCCAGGCGCACAACCCAGCUAGCAGUACGUGUUAGUGCAGCUCUAGUUGUGAGGCCUGUAAUUGCAGGGCAGGGUGUUCUCAGGUGUGAGGCUGUUUACAACAGCACAGGCGUAUGCACCUUUUGCUCCCACCUCGCUGUCCUGGCACAGGCCUGGGGAGCUGGCUGGAUGCCCCUCCAGCUCCUCUGCAGAGGGAAGGCAAGGCGAGGGCACAAGAGGCUGGGUCCAUCCCCAGGUUGGCAGGAGGAGGAUCUCAGCACUCAUUUAACUCUUGGUUUUCUUAGGAUUAGUGCUCUAUUUAAUUCCAUGUAGUUGUUGCACCUUGUUUCCUGGCUAACUGUAUAACUUGUCUGUGCUUGACAGCACUUGUUAUUUCUAUUUUUUUUGUUUUGGGGAGGAGGUGGGGAGGGAAGGUGAGUACUUUCUAUUUAAAAACUGAGAAGUUUGUCAUCUCCAUCCAGGUAAUUGACACACACUGGAAGAAAGUAUGAUACGUUGUUUUUUGUAAUCUGGGAAAACCAUGGAUAAACAUGUACCAUCACAGGAAUUACUAUGUCCACUAGUGCUUUCACUGCUAUCCAGUUUUGCUUAGCUGGCUACCUUGCUCACUCUUCCACUCUCAAAUUUUCUGCCCCCUGUUGCAGUAAAACCAAGUACUACCCCUUUAUUUCCGUGCUUCUAUGCAGCUCACUUCACCCUCUCACUUCCAGCUUGCAGCUGUUUUGCACCUAGCAUCAGUUAGCAUCACUGUGCACUGUUGUGUGCACAUGAGCUCUGAAGUCCUGGAUUUUUAGGUCCUCUUGGCAAAGAAAGUAUCGCUAGCUUUAUCUAUACAGGGGCCAUCAGACUUGAGAAGUUCUUUCAGAAAGUACAAGGGAGAGAUGACACGCUGAACAUCUGACCCAAAAGGAUGUGAAAAGACAAGCAGUCCCAACAAUGGUAAAGUUGAGGUUUCUGGGAGAGUUUGCAUAGCUUGCAAAAAGAUGACAUUUGUCAGAGAGGCUCCUUUGUCGUGUUUGUUGUGUUAUUGGCCCCCUAAUACAAAUGCUAAUUGAAAAUUUACUUUGGCUAGCCCAGGUCCUGGGAGUUUCCUUGGCUAUUUUCUGGAGGAGAACCAAACUCUAUUCAGAGCUUAAGAACGCAGUGCUCCAUGGGGAUUCUCUAAAAGAACUACUGGUGUGUAGAUUCUCUGUACGUGUCCCCUACAGAUGUAGUAGGAGUUAUUAUUUUCACCCUAUUUCAGUGAAGUCCUUAUUGUAGAGAUGUUUUUUACUACAAUGCACCAGCCUUCAAGCAGGAGCUUACCUGUUUCCCUCACCAGAUGCUUAAGGCUCACACCACUGUGUAUCCAGAAAGUUUGCCCAUCCUUUCUCCUGCAUCAUACCCCAAAAAUUCUCUCUUAUCCCUGAGGUGCAGAACACCUGGCAGUAAUUUGAUGAGACAGAUCUCACUUGGCAGCUUCCAGUGUUGAUAUGCUGUACACCUAAUUCUGCCCUGCUGUCUCCCAGUAUCAUUGUGGAACUGUGCGAGACACAACUUCAAACUUGUCCUUUCACCUGUCCAAAUCCCUUGCCAACAGAGCCAGCGAAGUGGAAGCUCAAUCUUUGAGCUUAAUGCGAGGAAAUUCACUGUUUACAACUGUAACAGCUCAGUGGGCCACAGCUGUUCUUCCUCUCACAAGUGAAUUGGCUUGAGUUUGAGGAUCUUGUUAUUCAGACCUUUCUAGACCAUCCCAUCUUUAGCAGUAGUAAACUUUCCUUAGCCACCAGCCUGUGUCUAGGACCACCAAUCUCCCUAAACAGUCUUCCUGCUCCUGGGGAGCCCAUUUUUUGGUAAGCAGUAUUCUUCUAGGCAUGUAGCAAGGAUGCUAAAGUUAUAUAGUUAUAUAGGAAGAGCUAAAAACAGUGUAGCAUGAAUAAUCUGGCAUGAUCAUGGAGCCUUUGUUACAGGAGGGCAAACGUCUCUCUCAGGGAUGAUUUAGUUAUAAGUUGAUCCUGCCUUGGACAAGGUGGCCUCAUACAAGUUGCUGCUUUCUGGGAUCUGCUUAGCUCUAUGUUUCUGUGCUGGAGUGUCUUCCUGACGCUUGCUUGUAGAAAGGUAAAAGAUAAUUUAUCAGCACUGACAGCAGUAAGAUACAACAGAAGCCCUCUGGGAAGGUUUUGAAUGGACCUAUCAGUUUAAAACAUACUGUUUGUUGAAAAUAAAUAUAUUUACAACUAUUUUCAAUUUCAAAAAUUCAAAUGCUGAAUAAUCUAUUUUUACCUGGUUUUGGAAAAAAUAAGUUUUCAAAAAAAAACCCCACCAAAACAAACAUGGUUAAAAAGGAACAAAGUUAACUGAUGAACUCAAUUUUUUGCCCAUUUUUCUAAGCCUUAAAAUGAUGAGAAUCCCCAUGAAGCUGCAUCAGGGGAGGGUCAGACUGGACAUUAGGACAUUCUUAACUGGGAGGGUGGUCGGCCACUGGAACAGGCUCCGUGGGGCAGCGGUGAUGGCACUAAGCUGCCAGAGUUCAAGAAGCAUUUGUACAAUGCUCUCGGAAGUACGGUUUGAGUUCAGAGUGGUUUUGUGUGCAGACAGGAGUUGGACUUAGUGAUCCUUGUGGGCCCCUUCCACUUUGGGAUACUCUAUAACUGUAUGAUUGAGAUAUAUAUAUAUAUAUAUACAUAUAUAUAUGUACGAGAUAUAUAUACUGCUUCAGUUCUGUACUUGCUAAUUUCAGAGUAGGCGUUCUGUUUCACUUGACGUAUUAACGAAACGAACUUAAAGGUCAGGUGUAUCCUGGCCGUGGAGCUGGAUGGAGCAAAUAGUCCAGAUAUAAUCGUGCCCAUAAUGCUUUUACCUUCUGUGUGGAAUAAGCACAAUUAAAUUGUCAUUGAUCUCAAAGACUGCUCUUUCAUGCAGAGAUUUUUCUUUCUCUGUGAGUCUCUCUAGUUGAAAUUGUUGUCCCCCUCCAUCACACAACAGCAGUUGAAAUUCUGGAAAAAAUGUAAUCUUAAAAUUGAAGGGAAGAUAAAGAGCCCGAGAGAGAAAAAGCAUGUUUAAUGAACUCUGCAGACUCUCCAGAUUCAGGCCUUAGAGCUAUUCUGCUGCUAAACAGUAGGUUUCUAUGUGAAGAAAUGUGGGAUGGUUUGUGUUAUCAAAAGAUGCAGGACUGUGCAUUCAUGUCUGGAAACCUUGACAGGAUGAAGGAGGAGAACAGUGAAUCUUUGUUCAGGGAGAAAUCUUCACUGUGGUUACACGUUGCAGCAGAUCCUUGAAAGCUAAAUUACAAACUCUGGUGUGACUGCAGGUGUACCUAGUACAUGUGAAGCAGCCUGAAGCAGCAAUUUAUUAGCCACUUCUAAUAAGCAUGGAAUAGGAAGUAGGGAAGAAAGCCUGGAACAUGAGGGAGCACAUUCCUGAAGCCAAAGAAAGGGGGGGAGCCACUGAGGUUUGUCUGUUUCUUACAUCUUUUAAAUUUGGGAUUCUGGAUCAUGGGAUAGGCAGAAUCCAGAAACAGUAAAGCAAUGAAUCAGAUUCUACUAUCCUUUUCACAGAUUUUUUUCUCAAAGGUCAUGUCUGAACUUCAAAUGCGCUAAUGUUUAGGAAAUUCUACUAUGUCCUUUGAGAAACUGUCCAACAAUCCUGAGAUUUUUACUAAAAUGGGUAGUCUGAAUUUUCAUCUUGUUUCUCUUUGCAAUCUGUAGUUAUGUCUUUGUGCAUCAGGGGUACUCCUCUCCACCUGUGUAAUUUAUACAGCCUUCAACUAUCUUGUGUCUUAUGUCAUGUGCUUGUUAUGUAUUAAUCAAAUUCUUACAUUCCUACUUCUUGUCAAUCAAUUCCUGUGAUGAGUUGCAAUAAGUUCUAUUGCACAUACAUACAAAGAGAUCUGUGAAGAGAUCCAUCAGCUCCACAGUACAAGUGCUUUGCUGUUGAAAUCAGAGAUCUUUAAGUCUCAGCUAGCCACUACAAGAGAUAAAGUCAGCAAGGGAGGUAUCACCCCUGGAAGCUUGCAGCACUGCUGGGGAAGCCUGGAAUUCUGCAGUAGAUGAAAGAAAGCAUCAUGCCCCUCAUGCAUCAGCUGAAAUGAGCAUCAGCUCACUGGAUUCUGCAGAGGAAGCAGAGCUCAGCAUACUUGAGGACUGCCUUUCCACUCCAGGGGAAGAAGCAGAAAUGCCAGGCAGACCCUCUAACCCUGUACAAAAAGUGCCAGCAGGACUUGUACAAGAGCACGGUGAUGCAGAUCCUCAGAAGAGACUCUCAGAAUGGGAGGGAGAAAUGAUUUUAGAGGGUGGACUGGAUUGUUCACUGAAACUUAAGCAAGGGGAUCUGGCUGACCUGGAAAGCAACCAGGACUUUUCCUAUCUCAGCCCAGUCCAGGAUGGGUCAGCUACUGGCAAUGCCAUCCGACAGUCUGUGGACCUCAGCACUGAAUGUUCUCAGUCCCAGACAGAACUGGAUUUUCAUGUCUCAGACCCUCAGGCCCAGUAUCAAAAAUCUCCUUUGUCUGAUGACGUUUCCUCUGAGAGAGAGGCACCUAAGUGUUUCUUGGUUUGUAAAACCAUUUCAGAGGGGCACUAUAAGGCUGAGCCAUCUCUGGAUAAGGUAGAGUCCUCGCAGGAGAUUGACGCUAGCGCAGAGCAGAAGCAAAGCAGCAAAAAGGUGGCACUGGUAACUGAUGAACAGCAUACCUCAGAGAUAACAGCAGAGGAUGCGGCUGAACUUUACGCUUCUGAAGAUGGUAAGGAAAGCAGAAGAGCACUCUGGAGUUGGGAAGACAAUUCAGAGUCUUCGUAUCAAUUGUCUUUCACCUUAACAGAUGACAGCCAAAUAAGCUCACUACAAACAGGAGGAAACAUCUCAGCUUGUGAAAUAAGGAGUAGCAAGCUGUUCAAAGACCAGGGAACAGUAAUGAUUCCUAAAGAAAACUCAUCCAUUUCUAAAUGCAUUCAUCUUGAAGGUGAUCACAGAAAAACAGACAGCAGACCGACCUCUUCAGUAUCAUGUGCUUUCCACGUAAAGGAUGCUGCUAAAAAUGUUAAGCAAGUGAAUACUUCACAACAUAAGGAAGCAGCACAGGAGGAAGCAGUGUUUAAACUUCAGCAGGAACAAGAGAAGAAAGAGUGCAAAGACCAGAAUUUGGAAGAAGGAAAAUUUUUGGAGCCCAAAGAUCAGGAAAAAAACAAACAUAAUGAACAAGAACAGCAACUACAGAGCGAAGAUUUCAAACUGAAGACACUGUCAUCAGCUCUCCUUUCAGAGACACCUUAUAUGCCCAGGCAUAAGGUGGACUUCUGUGGUUCGGAAAAUGUUUUUCUGGCUGAGCAAACUGGUACAGGACUUCCUGGGGAAUCUGACUUCAUAAAAGAUCGUCUUGGUGAGAGCAUGCUGCUCAAAGCGCAUGUCACAGCAGUGGGUUCUACAUGUCAGACACCUUCUGCCAGCCCUUUCCCAUCAGAGAGCCUGAAUCUAGUGGAUGAAAUUCCAGUGAUGCCUCUGCGCAUGUGCCAUGUCUCUGACCAGGAAGAGCUGGAAGAUUCUGUCCGCUUUUCCAUCAGCAGUCAAGACAGUGUAGAAGUUGACUGGGAUGACAAGAUAAGGCUGGGCAGGGAAGGUGAACACAGUGGUGGACCUGGAAAGGCUGCCCAGAUAUUUGACAAAAGAGAAGCACCACUCUGUGAAGGAGUGGCAGCACCUUCCAGCAUAGAGAACCCAGAGGCUUCUGUUCCAGUAUGCUCCUCCUCUGGUACUGAGAAGGCGGAGCCCACUGAUCCUGUGGAUCCUCAUCCCAUUGCAGAAGACUUACGAAAAGCUGAGGUUCGUGGCUUUGUUUCAGAUUUACCCUCAGAGCUCACCUCUGUAGCUUCAGUGUCUGGCCCACAGCAAGAGGAUGCCAGUGGAGGCACCCCAGAGAACCCUGAGGACUGUCAUAGUUCCAACCUGAACAAAUUGCCAUACUCUGUAGAGAAGCAAGCUAACCAUGCUGUUUCUCUGUGCAUGCAGGACCUGGCAUCAGUGGAAACUGUUGAUUUAACUACUGAUCCAGAGGAGGCCAAUGCUUCCCAUGAACUGCUCGCUCCUGAAGAAGACUGUCAUGAAGACCUUAGUGGCCCAUCUUCUUUCUCUGUAAUAUAUACAAGCUCUCUUCCUGCAGAGAAGAGCCUUCCUGGGGACAGAGAAACUCUGUUUUUCAUUUCAGAGCCUCUGGAAUCACCUCAAACAUGGGGCAGGACUUCCACUCCCCUGAACCACCCAGAAACAGUUCAGCAGUACCAACCUCCACCAGAAAAAAAUGCCAUUAUGCAAGAAAAAGAAACUGGAACAAACGUGGCUCACAAAGCACAAGAGGUGCCUUUGCUUGAUCAGCCUGACAGGAGCUUAAACCAAAAAGAUCCUGGAUCUAGAAUCUCAAGCAUCCUGAGCACCCUAACUUGGUCCCCUGAAGAAGAUGUGGUCCUUGCUAUGAACCAGGGAGGACGACCUCUGUCUCCUAUGCCUAACUCAAGCCUAACUCUGGUGUCUGAGCCUGAUUCCAAACACCUUCCUUCCCAUAUUCAAAGCCCUAAUCAAGCUCAGGCCCCUGCACCUAAUGCAAAUCACUGUGCCCAGCCUUUAGCCCUUGAGAGUUACAAGACACUGACUCCUGUACCCCACUCCAGGCCACAUCUAAACUGUAAUAUGGAUGAUCACGACUUUCUAGCCCUUACUAUAAGCCAUCCUCUAUGGACUUCUGCUACUGUAUCUGAUGCUAACACUGUGGACUCUUCUCCUGAUAGAAGUGUAGUAGACAAAGUUGUCUUUGUUCCAGCGACUGAAGAGCACAAUCACUGUGACUUGGGUACCCAGGAUACAGAGACUUCUGAUGACUCAGUGGGCAGUUUGUUGGCCAAAGGCUUUUCUGCUGUUGGAAAUGAGACACUGGCCAGCUGCUCUGACACCAGCACUGAAACAACAAUUCAGCACAUGGGUAUACAGUGUGGAAAAUCCUCACCUGACCACCUUUCUUGGUCCUCACUGGAAGAUCUGAGAACAUUCCCAGACUCCAAGAGCAGAGACUCUGUACAGUCCCUUCCAAUGCUAGCAUUCACCAAUCCAAUUCACUUUCUCCAGCUAAGUCCUCCAUCACCACCAACCACUCAAACAACCUGCCAAGAAGAUGAGGUCUCAGGAGAGCUUCAGUGGGAGCAGCAAGCAGACCUCUUUGGUGUGGACACAAAGAACUUCCAAGCUCCGUCAGCAAUUACAGAGAAAAUAGAAAGUGAGAGGAGAGUCAAGCAAAGGCUAAAAGAACAAGAAGAAGAACACUGUUUGGUGUCUCAGAUAAAGGAAGAAGUACCCAAACAUUUACCUUUGGAGAAAUCAUCAAGCUGGCCAGACAAAAUAACUGUUGGGGUAGUUGCACAAGGGCCAAGAGCCAAUCAAGAAAAUCUGAGUAAGCGCAGAGUAAAAAGCAAGGACUGGCACCGGCAGGGCCUGAAGAGGAUAUCAGUACCACCAGACCUCUUGAAGGAAGUCCAUCCUGUUCCUUCAGAGGAAGAAGCACACAAGAUGCAUAGGGAACCACCAGUCAGUUCAGAAACAGUUACAUUGCGAGAAAAGAAACCUGCAGACACAGUGGAGACCUUCAAACGUCGGCACUCCAAACUCAUCAACUCCUCAAGGUUGCUGUAUCAGGAGUACAGUGAUGUGGUUCUGAACAAGGCCAUUCAAAGCCAGAAGAGAGUGGAUUCUUUUGCAGAGGAUACAGAAUCAAGUUUGCCAAGCUCCCCGAGGCUACGAAGGAAAGUGCUGUCUCCCCAGGACUCAUAUUUGCAGCGUCUGUCAGUCUCAUCAAAUGCAUCCCUCUGGCAGGAUAUCCCCAUGAUCCGGGGCAGCAGAAUGCUACUCAAUAUGUCCCGUGAUGAGCAGAAGCUGCAAGAGGCCAAAUUUGAGUUGAUUAUGUCUGAGGCUUCCUACCUGCGCAGCUUAAAUGUGGCUGUGGAUCACUUCCAGCGAUCAGCAGAACUCCAGGCAAUGCUCAGUAAUCAGGAGCGUCAGUGGCUUUUCUCACGCCUUCAGGAUGUACGUGAUGUCAGUGCCAGUUUCCUUUUUGACUUGGAGGAGAAGUUUGAAGAGGACAUGUUCACCUUCCACGUAUGUGAUGUGGCUCUGAAACACGCUCCUGAGUUCCGCAGGGUGUAUCUACCAUAUGUAACAAACCAGACAUACCAGGAGCAAACCUUCCAGCGGUUACUGAGUGGAAAUGCAGGAUUCCAACAAGUCCUGGAGAGAUUGGAAAGCGAUCCAGUAUGCCAGCGUCUUUCACUUAAAUCCUUCCUCAUCCUCCCUUUCCAGCGCAUCACUCGACUUAAACUCCUCCUACAGAAUAUCCUGAAGAGAACUCGGCCUGGGUCUGAGGAGGAAGUGCAAGCAACACAGGCCUAUGAUGCACUUGAAAAGCUCAUCAAGGACUGCAAUGAAAAUGUUCAGCGCAUGAAAAGCACUGAAGAGCUGAUCUACCUCAGCCAGAAGAUUGAAUUUGAGUGCAAGAUAUUCCCACUUGUUUCACAGUCAAGGCGACUUGUGAAGUGUGGUGAAUUGACAGCUCUGGACUUCAAUACCCCAAGUCCAAAAUGGAAAGUCACUACCCGUCCUAUCUACCUACAUCUCUUCAAUGACUGUCUGCUCCUGUCUCGGCCAAAGGAGGGUGGACGUUUUGUUGUAUUUGAUCAUGCCGCUUUCUCAGAUGUGCGUGGGGAAAAGUGUGAGAUGAAACUGCAUGGAACAAACAAAAAUGUUUUCCGUCUCUUUCUACUUCAGAAUUACCAGGGAAAGAGAGUGGAGUUUCUAUUUCGUACAGAGACACAUAGUGAGAAGCUGAGGUGGAUCUCUGCUUUGGUUCCUCCACAAGGGGAACUGGACCUCCUGGAAUGCCCUGAUGCACCACAGGUUCAAUGCAUAAGGACGUACAAAGCUCGGGAAAAUGAUGAGCUAGCUUUGGAGAAAGCAGAUAUCAUCAUGGUUAUGCAAUACAGCAAUGAUGGAUGGAUGGAAGGAGUGAAACUUUCGGACAGGGAGAGGGGGUGGUUCCCCUCAGAACACGUGGAGCUCAUCUCCAGCAAGCAUGCGCGACAGAAGAACCUGAAAGAAGAACAACGUGUGAAGAAUGCUAAGCAGCAAGUCUUCUGCAAGAAAUAAUUCUACCUUGUUUGGACCUGUGCAGUCUCUCUGCCGCAGAGAAACCAUCUUUUCCUAUUGUUUCUCAGAAUAAGUACCUCUGCAAAGAGUGUAAUACAGCACUUUGAUAGAACUGCAUGUCUUUCGCCAAAGAAAGUGGGAAUUCAACUGGGAAAAAUUAUUCACUUCCUUUCUGUCACCAGGAUUACAGCAGCAGAAGGGAAAAAUAUUGCAUGUAUUGCUUGCUUUGUGUUAGUAGGGAGAGACUUUAAUCGUACAGAGCACUGGGAUCUGGACUCCUGGAAAUGUAUUCUGGUUUUACCACUGGCACAUUACUUCAGAAUUCUGCCUUAGUUUUUCUGUUUAUGAAAUGGUGGUAAACUUACCUACCUCACUGGAUGUUGUAAGGCUGAAUUCAUUAUUAUUAGCAUACUAAGAGCUUUGAGUUCCUGAGAAAGAUGGUGCUAAGCACAUUAGAUGAGUAUUUUCCAUGUGAAUAUCCUCUUAAUGUCUUGAGAAUAUUGAUCUCCAUAGUAUAAUUUCUACUUAGAACAAUGGAUCUAUUUGAUCAUACAUGUCUACUGUUUGCUUGUUUUUUUGAAAGGCACAGCACUUCAUUGUACCUAAGUUGAACUCAGUCUUAGCAUGCUAUUAAGAAUCCUCAAUAGCGUUAGAAUACCCAUUUGAGUUUCAGAAAGUUUUGGAAAUUACUGUGAUGAUUUCCUGCACCUUAGGAAGUAUAAAGCUGAAGAAUCUGUUUCACAAAAGUCACCUCUCUCCUGAAACAGGGUUCUAGUAAGCCAUCUGAAAUAACUGUUUUUCACUCUACCUCCCACUCAAAGUAGAACAGUUACUUUUUACAAAGAUCUGACAUGUUAGUACCUGCCCUGUACAAAACAACCAUGUCUAAGUGUUUGGAAUGAAGGGGCAUUUCCUGCUGCUCCUAAUCUUAUAGCUGAUAUGGUACUGCAUGCACCAUUUUGCACACUUAUAGUAAACACUGAGAUACUUAGCCAUUGUAGAUAAAGUCAAAAUAUGUGCCAGGGACUCUGUUUUUCUUUUCUUUCUUUUUUUUUUUUUUGUAGAACUCUCCAGUUGUAAGUCCAGUUUACAUGUAGUCCCGCUUUUGUGCACAACCUAUUUGAGGACAUGCCUUCAACUGUAAAAUAUUGUUUCUGCAUUUAGUUACAUCAAUACAAGAAUUAAUACACCAAAGAAAACCGUAGCUUUCUUGCAUUUAAUAUAUUUAAAGAAUUAAUUAUCUUCAUAUUUCCAGCUUUCCUUUUCUAUAACGUUCUACUUUUAAUUCCCAUUUACAUUGUGGUAUAGCUUAUUUCAGCCUAUUUAUGUCAAUAAUUGUAGCUGGAUUAAAAAAAAAAGUUUUAGUCCUAGUAAAUUCAUGCACUUUUCCUGUUAAAAUAAAAAAUAUUUCUGCUUAUUUUAGAUUUCCAUAUUAAA